AUGAAGCCCACCGUUGUGGCUCAGGAUGAAAUGUUUCCUGAUGGAGAUGCUGGAUGGAUGGAGAUGGAUGAGGUAACGACCGUUUUGUAUAAAGCUUUGUAGUUUGUGGCUGACAGCCUCGUCCGCUAGGUAGUACUGACAGUCUGCUUGUUAGGAUUUUAUCACGAAAGACAUUGUCUUUAAUUCAGUUUUCAUUUCUUCCCAGGCGGCAUCAGGUGGAGGAAUGAUGAUUGAAUUAGCAGCGAAUGAAAGAGCAGUUCAUGGUGACUUUUUCAACAGUAAGUGUCUUCUCCGCAGGGCUGUCAACUCUCCCGGAUAAUCUGGGAGACUCCAGAUUUUAAACCGUUUCUCCCGGUCUCCAGAUUAGGCAAUCCCAAAAAAAUGUUUCGUUUCCCAUCGCCCACCGACCCAUUUUUUUCGAAAAGUAAAAAAAAAAAUUCCAGAGUAAUUAUGUAUCGGUCAAAUCGAAGCCUCAACAUCGCCCCGGCCCCCACUCCCCCCUCCCGAGCAACCCCCCGGGCAUUUGACUUUUUUGAAAAUUUUCGUUCAAAUUCCCCCCUACCCGGGCCAUAAUGCCGUUCAAAUGCCCCACACUAGGGUCCAUUCAGGUGAUCAAAUGCCCCCACCCCGGGGACAUUUCAUAGGCACAUAAAUGACAGAAGGACGGUAGAAACGUCUUCAGUUGUUGAACAGAAUCUUUAUAACUACAGCAAAUAAUUCGCAUUCAAUAUAACAAAAACUGAGAAACACUGUUGGUGUAUUUACUAAGAACAAAAGUCUUGUGCAAAGUGGCGGAAAUCGCUGCUACAAGGUCACUGAAGGCUCAGAGUUUCUUCGUGUGUCAUGCAACAUACAAAGCGUUCUUUAAAAAAAAUCCCACCUAUUGAGAUUACUACAUCAUGACAAAUUCACUGACAUGCAUCAUCGCUCACCUCAUUAAUUAACAUUCAUGCGGCAGGUCAAAAUAAUUGACCUCUGUUGAGCUUUUUAUUGUUCUAUUGAAUCGCCGGUAUAGGUAUUGUAAUUCGUUACAAACACAACUUAAUACAUUCAUUUAUUCAAAGCCUGAAUCCAAUAUUAAAAAAUAUUAAAAUUUAAAUACCUUCAAAUAUGACACAAACCUCGUCACCAAUUGACCUCAAAGGCACAAACUUUUCCACGAAAAUCCUCUAACACCGUGUCCCCAUGACAGCUCGCCACACCAGAGUUUUCACAUGAAAUUGAGGGUGCUGUUCAAAUUCCCCACCCCUAAUGCAUGGGGAUCAAAUCCCCCACCCCCCGGAAGACUCUGAUAAUCAAAUUCCCUCCUCCCCGGGAUGGCAAAGGUGUCAAAUGUCCGGGGAGCUUCGAUUUGACUGAUACAUUACAGUGUAGUCAAAGAAACUAGUCAGAGAAGCAAGUACGAGCACACAGUCUUGUUUUAUUAACCCAUUCGCUCCUGGCCCCAGUUGUUCAAAAGGUGGAUAACGCUAUCCACCGGAUAAAUCUCUAUCCACUAGAUACUGCAAUUGGUUUCCCUAAUACUUAUCCACUGGAUAGUGAUUUAUCCGGUGGAUAGCGCUAUCCAGCUUUUGAACAACUGGGGCCUAGAGAUUUUGCCGAAAAACGCGUUUUGAAGCUAGUCGAGUGGUUUUCUGGUCACUGUCGUGCUAUAAAGAGCUAAAACUUACCACAAACCGGUUUACAGGUCGUAGACUUGGCGGCCUUCUGAUCCAGAUGCAAAAUAUCAGCUUGCGAAGUUCAGGCAUGCGCAGAAAGCAAAAUUUCGAGAUAGUUUUUGGGUUUAAAAGUGACACAGCAGUCUUGACUUUUACUUUUCGCUUUCUCUCCUCCCUUCUUUUUUCGCUUUUCUUGCCUCAUUUUUUUUUCUCUUGCUGGGCAUUUAGUAGGCUUCAUUUUGGUGGGAAGAGUUUUUAGGAAAGCUUUUAGGAUCUUAGGAUUAGGUGAAAGGAAAGGUAGGUGGGUAAUGGAACAAGAUUUUCAUGGAGAUUUUCAGGUCAAUGUCACGUGGUUUUUUGCUUCUUUCUCCGGUGUCCUUGACUGAAUUGUGCUCAUUCUGGUAUGGUUUGAAAGAUCUCUUCACUCUGCACAAGUUAGCGAAGAAAGUUGUCCUUGACCGUUAAACCUGAUGACGUCACAAAGGGUAGAAAGGACCUGGAUCCGGACGGGCAGUUCAGGGGCAAAUGGGUUAUUAAACAUCAAUUGGUAUGAUGUGAUGUCCUUGUCUUUAAUUAACGUCGAUACUACGUUUUUUAAAGGCUGUUUAGACAUUAGAUAGUCGAAAAGACCACGUUUUGAGUUGACUCUGUAACCAGGCUUUCUUACUUAGCAUCCCGGCAUUCUCUGGAACCUAGACCCCUUCAAGUGUUAAUUCUUUUUUUUUUUGCACGCGCGACUGACCGACCCACCAUCACAAGAGACAGGGCGAUGGGAAACGAAACAUUUUAUUGGGAUGGCCUUAGAGUCUGAAAUCUCCCAGAUAAUCGCCGAAGUUUGCCAUUUUUUGUUGAUUCGACUCUCUGACAAUGAAAUUUCAAAUAUUUUGCGUUGUUUGAGCUAUUUUUCUGUUGACAUUGAACGUUUCCUCACAAACUCCGUUAUGCCAUUGUAAUAUAAGCAAUAAUGUGAUUGGUGGGAAGUAAACCAAUUAGGUCAAAUGUUACAAUAAUUAUUAAAAGAACAUCUUUUUUGCGUGUUUUUUUUUUUCUCAAGAAAUGACGUCAUGUGCCCAGCAUUAUGACGUCAUCUAUCACCCACGCCUUAUCAAUUCUCACUAUGUGAAGACGUGGGGGGGUUGACAGCCCUGUCUCCGGGAGUUCGGGAGGGGGGGUGUUUGAAAGAGACAGGGAUGCUCUUCGGGAAUUGGGAAUAAAAGUCCCUAAAGGAGACUAGUAUGGGCCUUAUAUGUAGAUAUUUCUUUAUGCACUACCCUAAGCAAUACCCUUGCAAGUGAGACCAAAGUCUCCAAUUUCUCUGAGACAAGGAAAAUCCCCAUCACUUUAAAAUGAGAUUCCCUGCCAAAUCUUUCCAUGAAUACUGAACGUAAUUAGAGGAAAAGUUAUUUGGCCGGUUUUUAAAUUGCAAUAAAAAGCAUAUGGCUUUAACAGCGGUCAAAGAAAAUCAGUACUUAACUGCAUCUGGGAUCAAAUCCUGUCAGAGGUGAACAGCAGGAAAUAAUUUCUGAACAUGCAUGAAAUAAAUCAGCUUCGUGAGCUCUUAAUGUUAGACUCAGAGCGGCAGAAAUUAGAUUUGCUCAGUCAAAAGAAAGCAAACCUCUGCUACUGUUUGUUAAAAGCUAACUCUAAGGUCACAUGUCACACUACACGAGCUUAUGAGUUGUGCUUAGCCUCUCAAUACUUUAUUUGAUUCGCAAUUCAGUUCAUGUUACAGUUAUGCGGUUGACAGUCGAUUAAGGGCAGAAAAAGCCCUGUAAGGGUAUCUUUACAGGUAUUCCCUCCCCUUUUCCCUUCCUAGUCUCUCCUCAUGUAUUUUUUUUCUUCAUCAAUUUUUCGCCUGCAUUCUACCAUCUGAACACCUGGAUCAGGCUAUAAAAUUAAUACAGUGAAACCCCAUUAUUAUACAACCUCUUUUAGGCCAUGACUACAGUCGACUCCUGAUAACUCAAACCUUCUAGGGAAAGUUUGAGUUUAUCGGGAGUUUGAAGCAAAUAACUGGAAAUAAGCAAAUAAGCAAGUGGAUUUGGAGGGAACGCAAUUAAGCAACAAAAUAUACAGGGAUGGACACUGAGUUUCAACUGGAGUAACAAAAAAGAAAAGACAAAGAAAUGACAUGGUUAUUUUGAAAUAAAUUCAGUGUCACAGACUUCAGCACACGUUUUUUUUUUCCUGCUUGUCACGUGCUGGUUCAAGUUACUUAGUGUAAAAUUAUCUAGAAAUGAUCUGAAGGGAAACAAAAAUUAUUUCGAGUUAGCAGGAGGUUUGAGUUAUCGAGGGUUUGAGUUAACAAGGGUAAAAUUACAGUAAAGGUAUUGAGGAAAUCCAGGGUAAAUCGACUUUGGUUCAAGUUAGCAAGGGUUCAAGUUAUCAAGAGUUGUCUGUAUGCAGUGGUCUUAAAAAUCCGGCUGUAUACUUUUACAUCUAACUAUCUCCUGCUGUAUCAGUGAAGAUUAGGAAAUCUGGCCCUCUGUUAGUCACUUUUCAAAGUUUAGAAAAUCCCAGCAUGGAGUUUGCGCUGGUGCAACUGUUUUCCACUAAAAAAGCCAUAUUUUCCUGCAAAAAGGUUGCAAUAGUUGCAUUAUUAUUAUUUUUUUUCUUUUUAAACAGAUUUUGAUGACCUUUUUGACGAUGAUGAUCUGCAGUGAACUAAGAAACACUUUAAAAUUUUAUUGUACGGUUUGCUUGGGCUUAAAUAUGUAUUGAAUAUUGUAUGUAAAUUAAGACCUGACUACUUGACAUUCAUUUGGUUUGUACAGUUAUAUUUUCAUUAUACUGGAAAUAAAAAGUCUUGGUUCAUU